AUGCCGCUGUCGCCAGACGACAUCAAUCUGGAUGAUUCGACCCUAGAUUAUCUCCUCGAGUUGGAUUUGACUACUUUUGAUUCCACUUCUCCCCAAUCGUUCCUUACCCGUCGUUCUCCCGCUGUCGCAGAGGCAUCUAUAGCUCCUGCAUAUCAGCCAGGAUACAAUUCAUAUGGGGAGUCGUUGUCGCCAUUUGGCGAACAUUUCACGCCCGCAUCUCCGUCGAUUAAUCUUCAGCCGAAUCAGAACAUCCCACAGUAUUUUACUGUCAACAUUGUAAACCACCAUGACCCUCAAGGCCUAGCUAUAGCCUUUCACGGCUCUGCGGGUGAUUUCAGUCGUACCGUCCCUCCCGUGGCUUCUCCGUUGAAGUUAUCCCAGCAAAAUCAGAACACCGUGCAUUAUGUUACUGUCAACAGUAAUGAUUAUCCGUCCCCAGCUACCGCGUUUGAUGGCCCCGCGGAUGACACUAUUUGUACCGCCUCCCCUGUGGCCUCUCCGCCUGGACAGGUACCACCUCGGCAGGGGCGUUCCCAGCCAGGAGCCAUUGCUCUAGGGCCCAUAAGCAAUGGCGUUACCAAUGGUAAAAUGUCCCAUAGUCCUAGCCACGGACGUGAACAAGCGUGA